AUGGCCGCUACGUUACCUGAUCUUUGUUUUGAGGAAAUAUUCAGUCAUUUCAAGUAUGACUAUUCAACCUUAUACAAAUGUCUCCUAAUAAACCGAGUCUGGUGCAGAAAUGCGGUUCCACAUCUUUGGCGAUGUCCCUUUCGACAAUCUUUACCCACGCUCAACGCACAUCACCUGAUAAGAACGUAUACUUCUUGUUUAGAUGACGCAGAGCUCAGUUUACUUAGUUCCUAUGGUCUCAUAAUCCCGGAGAAAGGUGCGGCCUUCGAAUACGGAAGAUAUUUGGAAGAUCUUUCGUUCUGUUAUUUGAAUGAUGCAAUUCACAGUUGGAUGGUGUUCAAGGUAGAUUUUUGGAAUUACGAGACCAUAUCUCGUCCAGUAAGCACCGCAAUCUGUCAUAUGUUCAUGCGACAGAAGGCAAAGGUGAAAAACGUUAGAUUAUCGUGUCACGAGAUGAACCUUGGAAAGUUUCCAGAAACGAAAGCUUUCUCGGACAAUGGUCGUAGUUUACACCGAGUACAAAAUCUCGAGCUAUGUAUAGAUCGAUACUGUCUUUUUAAGAAAUCCGAAUUUCCCUUGGGAUUCCUAUUCCAGCUGGUAACAUCAUGCUUCAACAUUUCACACAUGAGGAUAAAUAUGAAUUAUAAUUGUCACAAACUUUUGCCGGACGUAAUAGCAGGGAUCAUUCGAGUUCAAAGAAAUCUUGAGGAGUUUAUUCUGAGCGAGACCACAAGUGUUGUCACAGCGUCCAUGGUGAAUGCAUUGGAAUCACAGACACAUUCAUUAACAUUACUAAGAUUUACCAACGUGAUCUUUGGAAGAAUAUCGCUGCAUUGGUUAAAUAGGUGUAAAAAGUUGAGAACGCUUGCAUUUGUAAAGUGUGACGGGCAAAUGAUGGACUUGAAUUUGUCAUAUCUAACGUUUCCCAUCAAGAAUCUGGAGAUAUUGUGUGAUAGGAUUAAUAUCACACCGAUGAGAAUAGCGGAAAUCAUUCGCAACAUUGGAGAAAAUUUAGAGGUUCUCAAGCUGAAUAUUGUGGAUCGAGCCAUCAUGAACAUUAUCUCUGCGUCUUGUCCGAACCUUGAGAUUCUCGAUGUUGAAGUUCCCGAAGAAAUGUAUGCGAUCGCGAAGCUGUGGAUAGGAAAUUUGGCGCUCAAGACGUCCAACUUGCAUUGCGAGGACACUUACAGUGAUGAUGAUGAGAUGGAUACCAAAUACAUUGUGUGA